AUGUCGAGCGACGGGCCUGUUAAGAGAUCCAGCAACAUCAAGAGACCCGAUGUGGGCGCCAGAGACAAGAAAUUGGACGUUUUGAAAGCCCAAUUGAAGAAGAUCGACACUGAGGUUCAAGCGAUCAGAAAGCAGAUCGAUGGGCAACAGGUAGGCGGAAGUGCUGUGGACCAGAAACAGGGACUCCAAAACGAGUUGCGUAGCUUCAUCAAGACGCAAAGCGAUCUCAAAUCCCGCAGACAAACGAUUCACGAUCAGAUCAAAAAUUUGGACAACGAAUUGAAGCGUAAAAAGGAUCAAAUUGCCACCAGAACCGGCGGUAAAGCUCAGUUCCAAUCGACAGAAGAUAUCGCUGCCCGCAAACGCACCAUUGACUCGGAAAUCUCGUCAGGGGAGCUUUCGUUGGUGGAAGAAAAAUUGAUGAUCAAAGAACUUCAAUCUCUUAACAAGCUACAGCGUGACUUGCAGGCCAUUGAGCCCGUGCGUAAGUCCAUGGAAAACGACAGAGCCUCGAUCGCUGCUUUAAAGCAGGAACUCAACGAACUGAACCCUAAGGAAGUGUCCAACAAGUUCGAGGCCACGCAGUCGAAGUUAAACGAGAUUCAGUCCAAAAAUCAAACCGUCUAUGACAAGCGCCAAGCCUUGUUCACCAAACGUUCCGCUCUGUACAAGAAGCGUGACGAAGUGUACUCUCAAAUCACCCAGAUUCGCGCGGACUUUGACAACGAGUUCAAGUCAUUCAAGCAGAAACUCGACAAAGAACGUUUGAAGCGUGAAGAGGACCAGAAAUUGUCCAAGCUGCUAGAAGAGAAAGACGCAGCCGCCGGUAAGCUACAGGAGAAAUUACUGCACGCUCGUCUUCCAGCGUUCACGUAUGAGAUCGGUGCCAUCGAAAACGUGUUGUGCGUCUUGGACCCAACCUACGUUAAGCCCGCUAAGCGCACCCUUGAAGUUCCAGCCGAUUCUUCUGCUAACGCUCAGUCAGUGGCUAGAAAGGUGGAAGCUGAUGAUCUGGAGCCUAUCGUCAAGGAGGAAAAAGCUGACUUUUUCAGCGGUAGCGGCAGCAAGUCCAAGAAGAACAAGAAAAAACAAAACUCCUCCAACUCUUCUUCUUCUAACGGCAAGUUCUCUUUGGAGCCAACUUUGAUCGCUACUUUGGCCGAAUUGGAUGUCACUGUUCCAUUGAACAAGGAAGAAGUGCCAAAGGCCAUUGAGCAGCUAAACGCCAAAUACGAAGACUUUACUUCCAGACAAGAAGCUCAAACUGAAAAGAACAUCAAAGAAGCCGAAGCCCAGUUGGAGAAACUCAACUUGGAUUACGAUAAGAAGGAAGAAGCCGUUAAGGCCGAACUUGAGCAAAAGAGAGCCAAAGAACAAGAGGAACUCAAGGAAGAGAAUUAA